AUGGCGGAGCGUCUCCGCAUAGUCCCCCCGGGGCCCCUCCCGGGGCCCCUCCCGGGGCCCCCCUCUGGGGGCCCCCCCGUUGGGGCCCCCUCGGGGGCCCCCACCCCCUCGGGGGCCCCCUCCGUGGCUUCCAGCGGGGCCCCAUCGGCGGCGCCGUCAGGCUGCGCGUCUGCAUGCGGGCCCCCCAGCCCCUCGGGGGCCCCCCUGGGGGCCCCCCUGGGGGCCCCCCAGGGGGCCCCGCUGGGGGCCCCGCUGGGGGCCCCCCUGGGGGCCCCCGGGGAGCGUCCGCGGGUGUGCAUUGGGAUUGUGGGGAAGUACACGGGGCUGCAGGACUCUUACUUGUCAGUGGUGAAGGCGCUGGAGCACGCGUCGAUGGAGGCGGGGGUGGAGUUGAGUUUGCUUUGGAUUGAAAGCAGCAGUUUGGAGAGUGCAGCAAACGCGGGGUUUGCUGCAGCGUGGGCAGCACUGGCAGCAGCAGCAGCAGUGGUGUGCCCCGGGGGCUUCGGUGACAGAGGCAUUUGGGGGAAGGCUCUGAGUGCGCAGCACUGCCGCGAGCAGCAAAAGCCCUACUUGGGGAUUUGUCUUGGCAUGCAAACUGCAGUAAUUGAAUUUGCAAGAAACGUUUUGGGGCUGCAUGCAGCGGACUCUGAAGAGUUCAACCCCCAGACUCCCCACCCGGUGGUGGUGGCCAUGCCGGAGCACAACCCCGGCCACAAGGGCGGCAGCAUGCGUUUGGGAAAAAGAAUUACUAAAAUUGAAAACUCCGAAAGUCUUGCUGCAGCGCUUUACGAUAAAAGAAGUGAAGUGGCGGAGCGGCACCGGCACCGCUUCGAGGUCAACCCGGUGUACGUACACCGCAUGGAGCAGGCGGGGCUGCGCUUCGUCGGCCGCGACUGCAGCGGCAGCAGAAUGGAAAUUGCAGAACUAAAAGACCAUCCUUUUUUCAUUUGUUCGCAGUUCCAUCCCGAGUUCACUUCCCGGCCCCUCAAACCCAACCCCCUCUUCCUCGGGCUCGUCCUUGCUGCUGCUGGGCUGCUGCAGCAGCGCCUCCAGCGAAACGGCGGCGUCCUCAGGGCCGGGCAAAUCUACGCCGAGCUGCUGCAGCAGCAGCAGCAGCAGCAGCUGCAGCAGGAGCUGCAGCAGCAGCAGCAGCAGGAGCCGCACAAAAAGGAACUCGCCACUGACCCACACUGA